AUGGAACCAGUGCUAUCUCUAGUGAUUUUAAAAGGCUUGGAUUUCAUGGAAGCAACCAAAGAGAUUGGAAUCACUUUUGUUGCAGUAAAGUUUGAUGGUAUUCUUGGCUUUGGGUUUCAAGAAAUCUCUAUCGAGGGUGCUCUUCCUGUUUGGUACAGCAUGGUUGACCAAGGCCUUGCUUAUGGACCUAUGUUUUCAUUUUGGCUUAAUCGAAAUACUAAAGAUAAUGAAGGAGGCGAACUUGUGUUUAGUGGUGUUGACACUAAUCAUUUCAGAGUUGCACACACUUAUGUCCCUGUCACUCAAAAAGGCUACUGGCAGUUUGAAAUGAAUGAUGUCUUUAUUAGCAAUGAAACAACUAAUUCUGAUUAUCAAAAUUUAUGUUUUCUUUUAAGAUUUUGCACCAAUGGUUGUGUAGCAAUUGCUGAUUCUAAAGCCUCUUUGUUGGCUGGUUCAACAGUUAUUGGUGUUCAUGGAUUAAUGAGCCAAGAAUGCAAGACUUUGGUCGAGCAAUAUGGAAAGCCUAUAAUUGAUAUGCUCUUAUCCGAGUUAUCACUUCUUGUUAAACAUGAAGCUCAAAAAACAUUGCCUUCACUUUCACUCGAUGAAUUGAAAGAAAAAACUAAGAAUUUUGGAUCUAAGGCAAUGAUUGGUGAAGGUUCAUAUGUAAGAGUUUAUUUUUCAAACUUAAAUAAUGGAAAAACUGUUGUUGUGAAAAAACUUGAUGUUUUCUCCAAAGGCUAA